AGAGGAGAGAUUCCAGACACACACACACACACACACACACACACCUGCUCUCUGGUCAACCUCUUGACAAAAUGGCUCAAGAUUACUUUGGAUUCUCCUUGAUAAAGAGCAAUGCAAGAAACAACAACGCCACGGUGGCUCUGGCCAACCCUGCGGAUAUCUCUGUUAUUGUGAUUUACUUUGUGGUCGUCCUGGCCGUUGGAAUAUGGGCUAUGGUUCGCACCAAUCGAUCCACCGUCGGUGGCUUCUUCCUGGCAGGGAGGAGUAUGGUGUGGUGGCCGAUCGGGGCCUCACUAUUUGCCAGCAACAUUGGCAGUGGCCAUUUUGUCGGCAUCGCUGGGACUGCCGCCGCUUCAGGGAUAGCCAUCGGGGGAUUUGAGUGGAAUGCUCUUAUUGUGGUCGUCAUUCUGGGAUGGCUCUUUGUGCCAAUCUACAUUAAGGCUGGGGUGGUCACGAUGCCCGAGUACCUAAGGAAGAGGUUUGGAGGACAACGCAUUCGCAUCUAUCUCUCUGUGCUGUCCCUUUUCCUGUAUGUGUUCACUAAGAUCUCAGCAGACAUGUUCUCUGGUGCCAUUUUUAUCAACCUGGCUCUGGGGUUGAACAUCUACCUCGCUGUCAUAGCGCUACUAAUGAUCACCGCGCUGUACACGGUCACAGGUGGAUUGGCGGCGGUGAUCUACACCGACACCUUGCAGACCGUAAUCAUGAUAGUUGGAUCAUUCAUCCUCAUGGGCUUUGCUUUCAAUGAGGUGGGAGGAUAUGAACGCUUCCAGGAGCGCUACAUGGAGGCCAUCCCUUCCUUCACGGGUAACGUCAGUGCAAAAUGCUACGAGCCUCAGGCGGACUCCUUCCAUAUCUUUAGGAACGCAAUUACAGGAGACCUGCCAUGGCCUGGCCUGGUGUUUGGACUCACCAUUCAGGCCACCUGGUACUGGUGCACUGACCAGGUGAUUGUCCAGCGUUGCCUCUCAGCCAAGAAUCUGUCCCACGUUAAAGGAGGCUGUAUCUUAUGUGGCUACCUAAAGCUGCUGCCUAUGUUCCUCAUGGUUUUCCCUGGGAUGAUCAGCAGGAUCCUCUAUCCAAAUGAGAUCGCCUGUGUGGUGCCAGAGGAAUGUGUGAAAUACUGCGGGGCUGCUGUGGGAUGCACCAACAUUGCUUAUCCAAAAUUGGUGGUGGAUCUCAUGCCCAAUGGUCUCCGAGGCCUCAUGCUGUCUGUGAUGUUGGCCUCUCUGAUGAGCUCGCUGACCUCUAUCUUCAACAGUGCCAGCACUCUCUUUACAAUGGACAUCUACACCAAGAUUCGCAAGUCCGCCAGCGAAAAGGAACUAAUGAUAGCCGGCAGAGUGUUUAUCCUGGUCCUGAUCGGUGUGAGCAUCGCAUGGAUCCCUGUGGUGCAGAACGCCCAGAGCGGUCAGCUCUUUGACUACAUCCAGUCCAUCACCAGCUACCUCACUCCACCCAUCGCAGCCGUCUUCAUGCUCGCCAUCUUUUGCAAACGUGUCAAUGAGGCUGGAGCCUUUUAUGGCCUCACCAUUGGCCUUUUAAUCGGUCUGUCCAGGAUGAUAACGGAGUUUAUCUAUGGGACAGGCAGCUGUGUGGAGCCUAGCAACUGUCCCACCAUCAUAUGUGGAGUCCACUACCUCUACUUCAGCAUCAUUCUGUUUGUCGUGUCCUGCAUCAUCAUCCUGGGAAUCUCUCUCAUGACUAAACCCAUCGAAGACAAGCAUUUGUAUCGUCUUUGCUGGAGCUUGAGGAACAACACACAGAAGAGGGAGGAUCUCGAACAGGACGACUGGGUCGAAAACGAUGACGACGACUCUUCGGACUCAGACGAGCCAGAGGAGGAGCCCGGCUUUUGCAAGAAGGCAGUGAUGUGCUUCUGUGGCCUGGAGCAUAAAAAGGCCCCCAAGUUGAGUGCAGAGGAGCAGGAGGCGCUUCAGAAGAAGCUCACCGACACCACAGAGGUGCCGCUGUGGAGAAACAUCGUCAAUGCCAAUGCCAUCAUCCUCCUGUGUGUGGCGGUUUUCUUACAUGGAUUCUUUGGUUAAAGAAACUCAGAAUGACCCCAUGUGUUCUGGGAAAAAGAUCAUUUAUAUUUAAAUGACAGGAUUUUUACGUGAAUGUAACUUGAAGUGGACAGUAUAUCAUAUUUACAACACAUCAAUUUAUAAUAUACAAAUCUGUGUUAAAUAAUCAAAAAUGCUUUGAGCAUUAACACAAAUCACGGCAACAUUUAAGCUUUACGAUACAGACCAGAGCAAUCAACCAAAGGCUUUUUUUUUUUACAGUUUAACACUAACUCAUUCACAUAGACUUACAGAAAAUAUGGCUGAUUUUCAUUUACCAUGCUGCCUUAAGUCACAAAAAAAAAGGGGGAGGUUGUGUGAGAUACGCAAACAACUCUGUAAAUUAUCUGUCUUGUGUAAUUAAUCUACAGUCAAUUUCUUUGUACAAAAAAAAGAAGAGCAACAACCGGUAAUUACUGUUUUUUUCUACCUCAUUCUACCUAAGAGUCAUGUGCUCAAAGUCCUUGAGUUCUGUCACUUCUGAGAUCUAUGCACAUUGCUAUUUUGUUGUUUUAGGUGUUAAUGAAUAAAAAUGUCUCAGGGAAGAGGGACAUGAAUGACCUCA